UGAAGCAGCAUGCUGAAAGCCUGCAGAGAGAGCAUUUGAUCGGUGAACCAGGCUGCCAGCACCCUGCUUCCAGGAGAAGGUAGCCCAGGGUAAACUGUGUUGUGGAGUAAUGCUACUUGCAGCUCCGUUGAAGAAGAGCCCUAAUGCAGCACCCUCCAAUGAGUCUGUAGCUGACACAUUUACUGAUUUCUUGUCUGGACAUUGGAAAUAACUUUUGGAUCUGGGCUUCUUUCUGGUGACCCAGGAGAAUUAUCAUGGAGUCUUUGAAGCCAGAUGGAAAAUAUGCCUUCAUGAAAAUGUUUCUACUCAACUAAUCCUGUCUUGGCUUUAAGUUAAAAAGAUGGCCUAUCACAAAGUGAAUGCGGACCAGAGAACCCAGGGCCAAUACCUUGACAGUGAUGACCUCCAGGCCACAGCACUGGAACUGGAAUGGGACAUGGAAAAAGAGCUGGAGGAGCCUGGCUUUGACCAUUUCCGACUGGACGGUGCAGUCCAGCAUCAUCUGGGAAACUCGCAGAGCCCUGACCUUGAUCUUGAGCCCAUCCAGCCGUCAGCUUCUCCUAAGGGAAGAUUCCAGAGACUUCAGGAAGACCCUGAGUACAUCUCACACUAUACCAGACAGUCACCAAAGAGCCACCGCUGCAGUUUUUUUCAGAUACUGAAAUUAUUUUGUGCUGCUUUGAUUUUAUUUAUUUUUGGAAUUAUGACAGGAUAUUAUGCAGGCAAGAAAUGCCCUUCUCCUCCAGCAUCUCCAGAACCAAAUAACCCUCAUGUCUACCAUGAAAUCCUCAAGGAAAUCAAAGCUGAAAAUAUUCAGCAGAUAUACAGAGAUUUGUUACAAUCCCCUAGAGAAGAUGAUGUAGAUGCUGCAAUGAAAAUUCUGCUUCAAUGGACUUCUUAUGGCCUCGAAGAUGUCCAGCUGGUAAAUUAUUCUGUUUUGCUCGACCUACCAGGCUCUUCUUCAAACACAAUUACUCUGAAAAACAGUGGUGAAUGUUUUUAUCCUGAUGGGCAGCAGUGCAGCAAAGUGACCAAAACACUUCAUAACCAAGACCUCCUGUACUCUUAUGCAGCUUACUCUGCCAAAGGAACUCUUGAGGCAGAACUUGUUGAUAUACAGUAUGGGACCAUAGAAGACUUGAUCCGGAUUCAAAGCACUACAAAUGUGACCAAAAAAAUUGCACUUCUGAAGCUAGGACAAUCACCUUUACUUUAUAAGCUUUCUUUGUUAGAAGACAUAGGGUUUGGUGGUGUUCUUCUUUAUGUUGAUCCUUGUGAUUUACCAAAGACUACAGAUCCUGCAGAUAAAGCUUUUAUGGUUUCCUUGAAUAAUGGAGGAGAUCCAUCGACACCUGGCUAUGCCAGUAUUGAUGGAAGCUACAGACAACAUCGUCUGAACCUUACCACAUUGUUAGUGCAACCAAUUUCUGCAGUACUUGCCAAAAAACUCACUUCCGUACCUGAGAAUAGAGUCCAAAAAGACAAGUGUGUCCCCCUGCAAAUGUCAAGUUCAGACAAAAAAAUAAUCAGUCUUAGUAUUCAGUCAGUCACAACAUACAAGACAAUCUCCAAUGUUAUUGGAUAUUUGAAAGGAUCUGUAUUUCCUGACAGAUACGUCAUCAUUGGCAGUCAUCACAGCAGUUUGAAUACUUACGGUGGACAAGAAUGGGCCAGUAGUACUGCCAUCAUAACAGCAUUUAUACAGGCCCUAAUGUUAAAAGUUAAGAGAGGCUGGAGAACUGACCGGACCAUUGUGUUCUGCUCCUGGGGAGGAACAUCAUUUGGGAACAUCGGUUCAUAUGAAUGGGCAGAGGAUCUCAAGAGAGUUCUUCAGAGAAAUGUUGUGGCUUAUGUUAGUCUCCAUAAUCCAGUCAGAGGCAAUUCAACUUUACAUCCUAUUGCAUCCCCUUCUCUUCAGCAACUGGCAGCAGAGAGUCAGAGCAUCAACUGUGUGGAAAAGACUAAAUGUCCAGGAUCUAAUGUGAGUUCUGUGCAGACUCAGGGAGAUUCUGAUUACUUCAUCAACCGUCUUGGAGUACCUGCAGUGCAGUUUUCUUAUGAGGAUAUCAGCACAUCAGAGAAUUCUAGCUUUCUCUCCGAAGCUCUUUUUCCUGUGCAUGUGACGAGAACUGAAGAGCUGGAUCCGUCCUUCAAACUGCAUGAGAACAUUGCAAAGUUUUCAGGACAUGCGACUUUGCAAAUUGCCAAUGAACCAGUUUUGCCGUUUAAUGCCCUCGACAUCGCUCUGCAAAUUCAGAACAGCCUGAGAGUGUUCCUACGUGAAGAAGUAGAUGCUUCUCAGUUGCUUGCAGUGGCAGCACGCCUGAGAGACACCGCAGAAUUGUUCCAAUCAGAUGAGAUGCGUCCAGCUAAUGACCCAAGGGAGAGAGCUCCUAUCAGAGUCAGGAUGCUCAACGAUGUGCUGCAAGGCCUGGAAAAAAGCUUCCUGGUUCGGCAAGCUCCUCCAGGACUUUACAGAAAUAUUCUUUACCGACUAGAUGAAAGGACAAGCCAGUUUUCAGUACUGCUAGAGGCACUGGAGCACUGCAAACUACAUCAGUCAAAUGAGACCAUUCAAGCAGCCUUGUCAGAGGUGCUGAACAGCAUCAGUUCAGCUCAGGUUUACUUCAAAGCAGGACUUGAUGUUUUUGAGACUACCUUAGCUGGAAAGAAAUGAGAGAAUUCUCUGCAUUCCAAGACAUUUGUUUACAACUCACUAAACAGAAGUUCAACUUGGACCAGAAUUUCUCUGAGGAUAAAACCUUUCUCAACUUUUCUUUCAGUUGGCGCUUAAAUGUAAUGCAGCGUGUGUUUUUAUAAACAGAAAACAGUCUUUUGCACUGUUUACAGUAUAUAUCAACUGUCUGUUUCUGAAUGUAUGAAACAAGGGGAGGGAAUAACACUUAAGGAUUUUUGGAAGGACAUCUGCUGUAUUUUUAUAUGUAAAGUAUAUUUUUUAUGACUAAAGAGCUCAAUCUUGCAAAGUACCAAGCAUGUCCUGUGAUACACUGAAGACCUGGUUCUGAGACACCCCAGAGUUAUGCCAAGGUGAGCUUUCCAUGCCUACUCUGUCAGAGGAAUGACUUAAGUAUACUGUUGUGUUCCUUAAAUUCUUCAGCAAACUCAACAACUUCUUUACUCCUUUCAGGGUAAGUAAUUGAAGGAUGUGGCAUUUCCUGGGGUAUGCAGUGUGAAAGUUAAUCUGGAAAUGCUCAAAACUUGUUUAUCAGUGCAAUCCAACACCUUUACUCCUGUGGGACAAUAAAUACCUCAAUUCUGAGAAUACAGAUAAACUUUGAUUAUCCCACCUCUGAAUGAAACUGAUUGUUUUCUCUACUGAUUCUCACAGAGAGAAUUCAUGUGAUGAUUUCAAGAAAUUUGAAAAGCUUGCAUCAGUAGUUAAAUGUAGGCAGAGAAAUAUUUUGAAUCUUUAUUUAUACAUCUAAAUACAUCAUAAUAUCUUUAUAUAAAAAACAACUCUGCUACAGAACCAGGAAUUCACCUCUGCAGUCGAGCAGAUGAAGCAGAGGCUGUAAUCAUACCAUUACAUUGUUAGCUUGAAGUAAUCUCUGAAUGAAAGGAUGAGGAGGUUCAGUGUCCUAAGCCUGUAAGGGGAUAACAUUCCCUUAAGAAAUGCAAGUCGUAAUAAUAUAAACACUUCAGGUUGUUAAACCCUAUUGGGUUUAGAAUUUUACAAUUCCAAAUGAUUCUGGGAAGAGCUUAAAAACUGUAAUUUUAUAUAGAUUCUUAGAAUUAAAGUAUAAUUUAUUUGUUGGAAACGUUAAAUGUAUUGUUACCCAAUUUCCCAUGGAAACAUUAUAAAAGCAUUUCAAGUAUCUAUGUGAAUGUAAAGAAAUGCCUUCAGGAACCUUUCAAAGUGCACAAUUUGAUGAAAGUAGGAAAGUUUACGAAAAUAGCACAAUACAUUGACAGUGUAUGUUCACAUAGUGAAAACUAAGAGUUGUUUACAGAUCUGUGUUUCUGUUUUCCCAAAGAUGUUGACAAAUGAGCCUCUGUUAGCAGCGGCCUAGGGUCAGGUAUGUGCACUCGUGUUGUUUCUACAUUUCUUUGCAAGUUAUUGGAAAAUGGACAAAAGCUUACAUGGUCUGACCAGACAUGGGGCUAUGUAGUUGUACACUCACAACUGAUGUGAGAAUAUGUUCAGCAACAGUCAAUGCGACUGCAUGAACUUAGGUAUUAUCUCCUCAUUUUACCUGACAUCUGAUAAGCAAGAGUGUGUGAUUAUUCUUUUGCUAGUUCAGGUAUCAAAUGUGUUUACUGCAAAAAAGCAGGUUUGACUUCUUAAGAGUAACGUUUAUUAUGAUGCUCCAAGGCUGAUCUCUCCUUUUGUUCAGAAAUUUUAAUUACAGCAAUAUUGGAAUGGUUGGAGUAGUUGCAUCUAACUUGCAUGUAUAUUUUGUGGUAGUGUUUCAGGAUUGAACUGUGUUUUCUAAUAGCGGCAACUCUUCUAACAGUUUAAUAACAUUUUCUUUACAGUGGUGACUUGUUGUGGAGUCAUCUGUGGUCUUAAAUGAUAUAGAGUUGCCAAUAAGAGACCAAUAAUGGAGAUUAUCACUUCCUUUAAUUCUGCCAUGUGAAUUUAAUAACUGCUUCCUGUGUAGCCCAACAAGACUUCCUCUAGUGUAGCCUGAAGUGUACUGCAAAAUCAGUGAAAUCUAAUGGGAAGAGUACCUCUCAUGUAUGAUUUCUCAACCAUGUAAUUCUUCACUAAAACAUUUAUUUUGUUUUCUUGCUAAUGUCCUUCUGUAACAACUUUAAAACAGCAGACUCCAAUGUUCUCCACCACAAAAGGCUUUGCUACUAUAAAUACCUGUCCAUUAUAGAGAAAAUCAUAUGAUCUUGUUAUAGAGAUGAAUCAGAUGAACUUCUCAAGGACUAAAAGGCAUUGAUUUCAAUGCAAUCUCACACCUCGAGAUCUUGAGGCAUUUAUUUCAAAUGUUCAGAUUGUAUGUAAGUGAGUGCUCAGUGAUAAUAUUUGCACCAGUGUAAUUUUGAAAAGGGCAUUUUUAAGCCAUAUCCUCCCACUGAUUUUUAAAUCCUACUUUUUUACUUCAAAGCAUUUAUUGCAAGUUGAGGUCCUAAAUACCUGGAUUAUUUCUAACAGAAUUUUCCUGCUGUAGAAUAUCAGCUAAGAGAAGAUGUCAGUGAAUCCUAGUAGCUUACCCAGACUUGGAUUCACUCCUGUAUUGUUUUGAAAUGGAUUGAGUGCCUUUAAAGGCUGCAGUAUGUUUGCAAAUUUCCUGAAUGAUGGAAAAAAUCCAUUACCUUUCCAGAUGCAUCCAUUGCUGGAGACAGUACAACAAAUGCAUUGAUUGCUAAAUAAUCUAGAGUCAUAUUCUCAGAGACCAGAAAAUCCUUGCAACUUGCAACAUUUGUGUGUUAAGAUAGUUGAUAACAAAAGUCUAGUCAGAUUUUAUUAGUGCAUAUUUUAGAGAGUACAUAAAGAAGCUAAUCAAGACAGAUGAAUGAUAAGUACAUGAGAGCUGAAUUUUGAGUACUAACCCUACAAAAGGCAGUGAAUAAUACAGUGAUAUACAGUGUCUGUGCAAAUUUGCAAACACACGAAUAGGCAAAUGCAUUGUAUCUUGAAAACAUCAUAGAAAUACUAAUUUACUUGCAGUGAUAUGAUAGGUAUGCAUUUCUUCCAUAGUUACAGUUUCUCCAAAUCUCUCUCUAUGUUUCUUAGUUUUUAUUAUUACUAAGUUAGUUAAACAAGCAUUCAAAGGAUAACUUUCAUUUUGUUCAACUCUUGGCAAAGGAAAGUAUAUAAGGAAAGUAUAUAAGGAAAUUUGUACUUUAUAACCCAAGGUUUAAGUUGUAGAGACAAGUUUUUUAUUUGCUGAGGUCUUCACAGUGCCUCGUUCCCAGUCACAGGAUUUCUGUGUAGACAAAGAGGCUCACUGAGAACAAAAGAAAGCACAGGGAGAAAAUGGAGACAGCACAUGGGUAGCUAUAUUUUAUGAAUGUAUCUAUGUUAACCAAACUUCAGGAACUCAGUGCAGUUCUGUAGUUUGUGUUCUGCAGAACAGGCAAGGUAAUAGCAUGGGUGGUUCUAGAUUUAAAAGCUAUUAAAUGCAACAAAUGCAGUUAAGUCUGGGCCUGCAUUUGCAAGGGAGCAGUUAAGAUGUUCCUCAAAAGCCUUAUGUGGUAAGCUGUUAUCUGUGUUACCCAGAAACAGAUACAUCUGAUAAAUGUUAUGAACAUUAUCUCAGGAAACAAGUGUAGAGUGGAAGAUGUUCAUUCCCUUUGGCUCUCCAGCAUUUUAUUGGUAUUCUGCCAGUUUGGGAAAAGUGAUAGGAAACAAAUCUCAUUUUAAGAUACGGGAGACCCAAAUUUUGAGUGCAGUUAGCCUUAUACAGCACUGCAAAUGUUCAAAACAUGGGCAAGUGUCUGUUGGAGCUCUGAGUCUGUAAAACUUGGGAUCUCUAUCCCAAGAUAGUAUGGCAAGUAGAAGUCUCAAAAAUAGCGAAUAAAUAAUCAGUUACUGUCUAUUAAAGGUUGUAUUUAUGGUCAAAAUGACUUGCCUAUCAAUACAGAUAUAGGAUUGCAUGUCAGUCAUUUCAGUUUUCCUAUUAUGUCAGAUACCUGAUUUUUUUGCUUACUUUCCUGAAUCAGUGAGGUAUUUGUCCCGGAGUCCUUUGUCUCAUCACAUCUAGACCUGACUGUGAUUGAAUAUGUUCAGCUUCUUUGCAUAUAAUGCUUGAGUUGUGUGCAAAAUUACAAAGAGUACUAGAAGGUUUGCUCACUUUUAGUAAGUUUUUAGUCUAAUUCCUACAGGUAGUAUGAAAGCAUGUGUUUUUUUCUGGCCAUGUACAUGCCAUCUUUCAUUAAAUAAUGGCUGCAUACAAAAGGUGUAUGUAUAAAUUUUGAGAAAGAAAAGGUGGUUAGAGCGGAAGCAAAACUUGGCUCCUGUAUUUUAGUAUUUUAAAUGAUUGUGGAUGGCAAAGACUCAAGCCAUAUGCAAAAAAAUGUACUUGAAUUUGGACACUUGAACCAAGGAAGUGCCUAAAAAUAAUGAAGACUCACAGAGAAUGCAGAUCAGUAACAAUUUACAACUGUCGGAAUUGGACUAUUUGUUUUCUGAAACUUUGGUGCUAUCAGACCCAACACUUUUUUUUCUUAGUAUUAAUCCCACUGUCCCUGGUCAUAUUUACACACUCAUUGUAAGUCGAGAAUAUGUACACUUGUAGAUUGAGAUUCACUGAAAGUUUGGUUCCAUUCAGUCGUACUGGAAUGCUCUGUUUCAUUCAGUGGGACUGACUUUACCAUGACCACUUACCAAGGUAUGAUUCUUCAUGACUAAGGUCAGCAGGAUUUGGCCACUAUCUAUGGAAUUUCCCCAAAGAUUUAAUAACAAAAUGUUGUUUUUAAUUUAUUCCCUUUAAAUCUCUCAAUAUAGAUUAUUGCAUUAAGGAGAAUCUGAGUAGUCUCUUGGUGAAUGAAAAUAAACCCACAGGACAACAUAUAAAUGUGUACAUGCAAGUGAUGUAUUAUAAUUUUGCAUUAACUGAAUAGUUAUUAUAAAUGUCAGCAUGGAUUAAUGUACACGUUCCCGUAUGAGCCGCACAGAUUGGAAUUAAUACAAGGGCUUACAGUGAGAAAUUUAAUCAGAGUAUGGGUGUGGAACAACUUUUGCUAAGAAAAUGUGGUAUAUAGUUACUUGUCAGCCUAAUCCAUUUUGUUAAAAAAGGUUGUUUGGUUUUGUUUAAGCUACUUAUCUCUGAUUUAUUUUUCCAAGAAGCCUUUGAAAAUGAAGUCUUGCUCUUUAUUUUUCUUCUAAAUGCCUGCUGUCUCUAGUGUUUAUGGAAAGCUUACCACGUCUUAAGACAAUGCAAGGUCUUCCUGUCUGAUCACUCAUGGAUUAUUUGAUACAAUUAGAAGUGGUAUUUCAAAGCAUAGAUCUUGAAAGAAAGUAAUUUACUGAGCUGUUAAUUUAUAUGAUACAAUAUGCUUGGGUGGCUGCUAUUGCCAUGUGGCAGUGGAAGUAUGCAAUAUGAUGCUUUCAGGCACUAAAGAGAACAAAUAUGGUUAUGUGAUAAUAUUGCAUUGACCUGCUAAUUUUCCCUCAUUUGAAAUUGUUCUAGUUGGAGCUAGAUAUACGAUACAGUGUGCUCCAACUAGAACACUCGGUUCUCUUAGCACCAGCUACAGACUCUUAAUACAGGUGUUGUCUGAGCUAUCAGUGUGCUCCAAGAGUUUAUAAUGGGACUCUUGUAUCCCCAGUCAGCUUUUUUUAUAUGUAGUACAGUCCUGGUACUGAUGUGAAUGACACUGAAGUGGUAAGUCUGGCCAAGGUCAGGCUGCUGUUCCCCGCUGCCCUUAGAAAGUUAAAUAAAUACUCUGCAAGUACUUCCAGGGUUUUUGGAGUUUUCAGUCUGAGUACAGAAGAUUCUGAAGAAAUAUAGUGGAACACUGUUGUUUUUUUCAUGUAGUCUUAUUUCCUGUUCUCAACAGCUGAAACGUCUUGUAGUCAAUGAAUGCACUAGAGGAGAAGAAAGGAGAUGCUUAAUAUUUUAUACUUAAAGCAGAUAUGAUGAAUACAAAUUCUCUUUGCUUUCCACUUGCGGUUUAUGCAAGCCAAUACACAACAUACCCUUAUCACAUAUAUUAUGAUUUGGUAUUCUGAGACAAAUGGAAAAUAAAUAUAAUUCCAUAUUCAGUGGGUAUAUAGUGAAUAUAUAAUUAAUUCAAGCAACACUCCAUGUGGGAGUGUGUUAACUAUUUGCAUGCAAUGGAGGUAUAUGCUAGUGAAGAUAUUUUGAACAGAUAGUCUGGAGGGUUUUAGUACAGGUCUACAAAGUAAUAUUCUUCUGCCUAAGGCCAGAUAUUAGCAUUGCAUUCAUACCUAGUUGUGUUUGCUCAUUGCUGUACCUUUGAGGAUUAAUGCUCAAAUGCUGUUAUCAGAGAUCAUGUUAGCCUCAGUAUGAACUAUUAUUUUUAUGUCGCAUAACACCUUACAGAUUUUAACUAAUCAGAUGGAAUAUGGAAACAUUUCUGCCUUUUGUAUUCAAGGGAGCUGCUGUCAACUUGUGUUAUCUUUGACACAGCAUGUGGAAUGCCUGAAUGAUGACUUCAUUCCAUCUACAUCCAAAUUUUCAUGUAGUAAAAUCACAGUACCACAACUGAUAGCUAGUCAAUUCAGAAUAUUAAGUAACUAGUUUUUUUCAGCACGCAGUAAUAUAAUCUUGAUGCAGUGAUUCCUGGAAACCAAUAAAUAUCAUAUUAUGUGGAAAUGUGCAAUGAAAGGUGAUUUUUAUGACGCAUUAUAAAAUGUCGAGUCUGAAUAAAACAGUGUAUUUGGAACACUAAUUUACUUAGUAUGAACUGUACAUUUAUAACAUAGUAUAAUGAAAAGGUAACGCUAACUAUUAAUGUAAGUAGAUUCUAUGUACUUUGAUUAAGAAGUACAUUGUACUUAUUUGUGCUAUGAAUAUGGUUUUUGCAGUCUGUGACAGUGUUUGAACAGAAGGCACUGUGGACUGGAAUUCAGUAAUAGACGUUUUUUGAAAGCGGUUGUGAAUUAGACUUUUUUAUUUUCCAUAGUUGCAUUUUUGUUAGAUGUUGAACUGGAAUAUGAAGAUAUGUAUAAUGUACAUUGCACUGAAUGAUUUGGAAUUAUAUUCAUUUGCUUUUUUGUUGUUUUUGCUUUCUUUUUUUUAAUUGGAUCUGCCAGUGAGCUGUAACAUAUGCUUCUCAAGCUGCUGAUUUGGUAACAUGGAUCCCAGGGCAUUAAAGUAUAAUAGAAACCUGGAAGAAGGAGAAGCAUAAGGAAGAAAAAUAUAGGUAGGCAGAACCUCAGAAACUGGGAUCUGACAGGUAAACUUUGAAUUAUCCACUUUUUAGAUGUUGGUAGAUAGCUAGCCCUGCCAUUCUGGUAACUGGUCUUUCAAAUUGACUCUGUAUGAUUCUGAGAAUCACAGUUUUCAAAAACAGCUACUUUGGAUCAAACUCCCAAGCAUUCAGCAUGGGACUUACAAGAACCAAACACAUGGGAAGAAAGAAACAACAGCCCUGAGUGCUAUCUGAAGAAAGAGACCAAUUAGCUUUGAAAAUCUUGAUGAAAUGUCAACAUUAUGUGAAAUUCAGAUGAUCAGUUUUUUUCCUGUAGCUCAGAGAUCCUAAAGUUAUAAAGUAGGUAUCCCAUGAAAUAAGAAUUCCAUGCUUUGCUAAUAUUACGUAGGUUGCUUUGAAAGUAAUGUGUCCUGUUUGUUCCUGGGGAAACAGCAACUACUACAGAGAGAGCACAAUAACUAUCUUUUAUUUCUUUCAGAGCAGCCCUUCCAUAUAGGAAAACUUGAAGUCUUUCCUUUACUAAUGAAGCACUUGAGAGGUAUAAUGUAAUAGUGUCACUGUAAAAUGAAUGUGUAUUUCCGUAUUUUAUUUCGAUUUUGUGUAGUUUAGGGUUUGUUUGUUUGUUUUUAAAUUGCUGUUUUGUUCACCAGAUUAAAAGUAAAAAUAAAACUGAUACUUUUCCAAUGUUUUUAGUAAUGGCUGGAAUGUAAAUCUGGUUUGGUACAUUAGCUCUGUACAUACUGUGGCUCUGACUGCCAUAUCUCAUGGAAUGUCAAAGUUUAAUUUGUGAAUCGUGGUCAUUCACAAUAUCUUUUCUUUAAGCCAUGUAAACGUGCCAUGAAAAUAAAAGUCAGCUGUACGUCAACAACUUUAU